AAGGUGUAGCGCGAGGCUGUCCAGUCUCGCGCUGUUCCAAUCUCGGGAGAAAAUAAUGAUCAUCUAAACUACGUACCCCGAACGGACCAACCGCAUGUGGUGCUAUGGCCCAACGAAUGGUUUCUGGAUUCCAUGAUUCGAUCUAGCAGACCGGAUCUUGAUUUGAUCAACUUUUCGACAUUAGCAGCAGAAUUAGGUCUACCGACCACUCCUUCUACCUCUUGCAGUCACCUCCUCUUCGCGCAGGACCUCUCGUUAGAGGACACCGAUGUUCUUCAACCUCGCGCCUUCUUGCCAUCGAUUCCACCAUCAAAGACAUACUCCCCUUUGAUGGUGGAUGAUGCACCCGCACCUGUCUUGACCCCCUCGAGGAGCUCGACGUCCGGGGACGCUUCCGAGUCAGUCCUUGACUCGCCGGCCCCGUUGACGUCGAAGCCUCCCCGUUCCCUUUGCAACAAGUUCAAUCAUUCAAGCGGUUCUGCAAUUCAGCAGCGAUUGAAAACCCACGCAAAGGAAAAUAAAGACAAAGACACUGUGUACACGUGUAGCGAAUGCCCUGUAUCCUAUCGCCACCCUAAGAACCUCCGCGAUCACAUACAAUCCAAACAUCAGGGCAAACGAUACACGUGUACUAUCAACGGGUGCGGAGAAAUAUUAGCGCACAAGAAGAACUUGAAAAGACACAAAGAAAAGAAGCACGGGAGUUUUGCGAGCCAAACAGUCUCACCGCUCUGAGACCACAGCUGCAUUUCCGAAAAGUGAGUGGUCAGUCUAAUGUCAAGAUUUUGAUCAGCCAGGACCUGAAUUGGUUCCCAUUAGCGACACAGCGGCGGGCAGGCCAUGUUCUAUGAAUACGUUUUCUCA